AUCACAAGAGUAAUACUACUACAAGAAACAAAUGAUAUUUGAUUAUCUUUAAACUCGAAAAAUGUCAUUCAAAUCCUUGUGAUUUUUUUAAUACAUCUCACAAAUUUAUGAGUGAUUUUAUCAUAUUUUGGGAGUGAUAUAUAAAAUGGAACGGGUCUAACGGGUCGACCCGCUAACCCACCCAACCCGACCCAAAAAAUCACGGGUUAUCGGGUUCGGGUCAUUCGGAUUUCGGGUUACAAAAAUUUCUUAUUUUCGGGCGGUUUUGGGUCGGGUCAAUCGGUCGGGUUAUAAUUUGCCAGGUCUAGGUAUAGUCGAUACUAUAUGGUAUUGACUGGUAUUAGAUAACAGCAUAUGAAAAAUACCACCUCAUACCAGGGUGCUAUAGUAUGGUAUGGAGUUGGUAACGAUUUAAAAUGAUUUCCACUUUGAUAUUUUUUGAAACAAAAUUUUUUUGCCAGUUAUUACUAGUCAAUACCAUAUGGUAUUGACUGGUAUUAAAUAGCAGCAUACCAUAUGUUAUGCAAAAUACAACCUCAUACCAGGGUGGUAUAGUAUGGUAUGGAGUUGGUAACGAGAGGUAUGGAAUUUUUUCCCCCAGAAAAUUUUGAAAUCCAAUAGAUCAUGAUUAAAUCGUUCCUUUUGUGCAAAAAUUUCCGAAAAUGACUAAACAAAGAAGGAGAUACCAUAUGGUAUGGAGUUGGUAACGAGAGGGAUGAAAAAAAUUUCUCAAAAAAUAUUGAAAAUGGAUAUCAUUUUGUAGAGCACAACGAACUCGUUCCAUCUAUGCAAAAAAAAUUGAAAUCUGAGUUAGAAUGAAAAAGAUAUGAUCCAAUUAAUAAAAAUAGGGAAAAUAAAUUCCUUUAAUUCUCCACUCUUAGAUCUGCCGCCACUUAAAAGAAUGAUUCAGAUUUGAUUACUCAUUGUUACUCACACUAAGAUUACUCACCCUAUCUUAAGCCCCUCGUUUCCCUCCACAAAGCUGCAGCCAUUGGGCAUUCCACGAAAAGGUGCUCUAGAGUUUCCUCAUCCGUCCAAGAGACAGGGGCAGCGAGCUAAAACAGGUAUGUCCUGUCGACGAAGCGCCUCCAUCAUUGAAACUAUCCUAUUUAACAUUUGCCACAUGAAAAACCUCAAUUUAGGUUUCACAUGAAAAGCGGAAACCUUCUUCUAAAGUCUAGCAUCACCAAGACUUGGUUCAUAUCUCCAUCUGGUCAAUUUACGAUCCAACGUAUCUGCCAUCCGGUACCCUAAUUUCACCAUGUACUUCCCAGAGGCCUCCUUCACCCAAAUUAUUGUGUCCAUCACAUGGCACGAGGUAGCGAGAUCCCAGCACGUUCUUUCGGCAAAGUUAAUUCGCAGACAGUGUUCGCACCAUCUCCCAUGUCAUCAAUGAGAUUGUCUUGUUGAUCAAUGUAAUUGCAUAAGCGUGUCAGAUAUCCAAUUCUACAUGAAAUCCCCAUUGUGCCCUAAGUUGAUUGAGUUAGUGUGCUGUCUCUGUUGGAAACCAACUCCAGCUGGAAACUAAGGGGUCGUUUGGAUGAGAAAUCGUAACAGAUCAAUUUGACACAAUUGUCUCGUUUUGAGACAAUUGUACCAAAUUGUCUUGUUUGCCAGCAAAAAAUUUGGAUGGAUCAAUCUGUCUGAGGUAUUUUGAAUUGAUCCGUUUUGAGUCAAUUUCAAUUACCUGUGGUGGGGUGUUGAAGUUAAUAUGUAUGUAUUAGUAAUUGACCAUUGAUUAAGGUUAAUUACUAAUCUGGUCCUUGGGUUUAGGAUCUUAAUCUCGGCCAAGUAUAUAUAGUGUUGAUGGCCGAGUUGUAUGUAGGUGACGUUUGUGGCUGAAAACCUAAUAAUAUUGACUCGAGAGGUUCACUCUCCGUGGACUAGUCUCAGCAAUUCUUGCUGGGGAAACCACGUAAAUCGUGUGUGUGAUCUAGUUUCUUUUCAGUUCUCAUAUAGUUUGACAUGGUAUCAGAGCAUGUGCGUGGUUACCUAGCUUAAUUGUGGAGUCUCGUGUGUGCUGCUUCUUUGGGUCCUUGCUGCAGCAAUUCAGAGCGUGGGAUUUUUGUGGGAGCUGGUUUCCGGUAUUCUUGCAGCUCAAUUUCGGUUGGUAUUGUUUAUUCAGGAUUAGAGCUGGUUUCGGGUAUUGUUGGUUGUCUUGUGUUCCCUCUUGGCUCUUUGUAGUCUUUUGUUGGUGAUUGGCUUCUGUAAAGUGCUGCUAUGGAUUCCAUGAUAGAGGGUAUGUCUGUGCGGCUGACAGGAAGGAACUUUCCCUUGUGGGAGUUCCAGUUCAGAAUAUUUGUUCAAGGUCGCCGCAUGACGGGUAUUUUGGAUGGGACUUCGUCGCGGCCGGCGGAUGAUGCUAAUGACAAGGAGAAGGCCGACUGGGAGACCAAUAAUGCUCUGGUAAUUUUCUGGAUAUUAUCGUCUGUUGAUCCAGGAAUUGCUUUGAGUCUUCGAGGGUUUUCCACCACUCAUAGUAUGUGGAGCUGACACGCCAAAACACAACACCAAUCUGCGACCAAGUGUAAUCGCAGACCGGGAAUGCAGUAAAGUGGCAAGUUAUAUUAUCAACCCGGGGUCUAGAUCUACUGCUUACUCAUUGAUUAUCUAUUAUCUAGCCAACUAAGUUAAGUGUUUGUUGUUUAAAGCAAAAGCAGAAAGAAAGCAGGAAUUGGUACGGUUUUAUCAAGCAAAGAAGAGUCACUCGGGAAUGAGUCCCCCUAGCUCCUUAGUUAGGUUUCAAAUGUAAUUUCCCUGGGUUGAUUUACUGUUGAUUAGACUGCGGAAGAUCCGACAGUAGCUUGGAAUCUCUUAAGCUGACCAAGCCCUCUCAGACUAACUACCCGGCAGACGACUAGUCUUCACCGGGAUAGAAAGCUGAAGCAGUAAGAACAGAACUCCACUACUGGAAUUGAAUUCCAGUACAAAGCAGUAAACUGGCUAACUCUCGUAUAGCCAAUCUCCUACUACCGAAUGAUGAGGCUCUAACAACCUAAUCAGAUUCUAUCUAUCUCAAGUUACAGCAGAAAUCAGGAAAAGUUGAUCAGACUUCAAUUGACUCAAUAAACAUGCAUCAUUCGAUUAAAACCAAGCAGUAAUAUCAUCCCAAGUCAUUACAAUCAAAUCCCUAACACAUAGAACUAGGGUUCUUCAUACCCAAGUGAGAGAAGGGUUCUAGUCCAUAGAGAGAGAGAGAGGGAAACAGAAUACAGAGUAGUCAUACUCAUAAAGAUGAGGAAAAUCUGCUCUGGGAUGAUGAUUUCCACUCCUAUGACGAUCUCCAAGCUUGAUUUGAAGAAACCCAUCUCCAAGAUAGCUUCUAGGAUGUGUUCUUCGUACUUUCUCUCUCUAUGGCUCUGUUUUUGCUCUCAAAACUCGAUUCUCUCACUUGCAGCCCGAAAUUGGGUUAAAACCAGGAAUUCCCGACUCACACGGGCAGGGCCACACGGCCGUGUGGCAUACCCAGUUGCCCGUGUGAGGCCAAAACGCCGCGUAUCGGUUAAUUGGACUUCAGUCAACCUACACGGCCAGGGUCACACGGCCAUGUGGAUCACCCUGCCACUACAACAAAUUCGGCCUAUUAGGACAAUUUUUUUUUGUCAUUUUCCUUUUGUCAUAAUAGGUCCUAUAAUAUGACAAAAAUUAUAAAUGUCACAUUUGGUA